GGACUGUCCUUUGGAGACAUCCUUGUGCACUUUCCAACCUCUUCCUGGAGUAACGGUGGCAAAGUCAGGCCACGCUGGUUCACUGUCGCAAUGAAAACAACUCCCCUCCUCCAGUUUCCCAGAAACUGUAAUUUAGUUACAUGAGAAGAAAUAACUUCAAAUGCACCUACACUCAGAAAUUUAUGUUGACAUUUGAAUUGAAGAAAUUUCAUAAAUACAGGACAUAAAAUAUAAAAUGUAUAUUUUUUUUCCUCCCUCAUAACUAUUCAGUUUAUUGUUGGUACAUUUACUUGAACACCUUUUAGAUCUCUGGCUCUGUACAGCAUCAUAAAUAAUUUUGUUCUUUAAAUGUAUUAAAAAAAUAAAUACAUGGCUUUGCUCCUUGUUGUUUUUUCAGAGUUAGAGAUGAUCAGUAAUUAAUGUAUUAAAGGUGGUUGAUUAUUAUGGUUUUAAUAUUAUGCACAUUUAAUGAAACCCCAUAGGUUUUAUUUUAUUUUCUUAUCCAAGCAAAAUGCUUGCUGAUUAACUAACUUUUUCCUAAACAAUUUCUAGCAGCUAAAGGUGUAUGAAUCAUCUCUGCAGAAUGAAACAUUCUGCCUUGUAUUUUUAUCAUUUCACACAGUUAUAUAUUCAGAUGUUUGCCUGAUUUUAUAUAUUUUAUACCUCCAAGGUGAUUGGUUAAAAUAUGUUGAUUUCUUUAAAAGAACUUAUCUUUAUAUUCUCUAAAAGCCUGAGUAAACUCUGAAUCCUCACACGAAGAACCAAAAACAUUGAGAAACUAUAAGUUUAGUCCUGAAAACCACCAAUUUAAAUGAUUUAAUAUGUCACCGUUUUAAAUCAGAAUUUCUAAUUUAGAAACUACAAGCCUGUAAUAAGGUCACCAAGCCUUCGGUUUUAUCAUAGAUCGCGUCAAUCUUCAUCUGCCAUGGAGGUGUGAGGAGUUAAUUUAAAUGCGCAACGUGUAUUUUUACAUCUUGUUGUUGCACAACUUUGUCCUGCACCCACACACCAGACCUGACCCCAUAAACAGUUUAACCCGGCGUCACCUGUGGCUAAGGAAAGCCGCCUCUUCAAGAGAUUGUUGAUAAAUCUACAGUUUUCAGAUUAGUUAACUGAGCCAAGCAGCUGCUGUGGUUUCAGAUUUAGUUGGAUUUAAAUUUAGUGCAGCUACUCAAAGCGCAGAUGUUUUGACUUGACAGGUGAAACAAACUAAUACCACGAUAUUCUGCUCACAGUUUGUGGUUCUACACAAAUCAGAAAACCCAAGAUUUUUUUAAAAAGAAAAAUACUUUCAUGUCUGCAGCUUAAUUUACAGCAACAUCGUUGAAUUCACAGAUCCUUUGCUUAUGUAUAGGCAUUAUCCUUAUUAAAUGCAUUUGUUCUGUGCAGCAGACGUUCAGCCUAGGAUUAGACCUGGCAGCAUUUACAGACAAGCUGACUGAAGACGAAAACACCUGAACCUCUACUGACAUAACACAUUACUCAUAGCUGGUUUCCACGGUGGCCAUCUCAUUCUCCCCCUUUAUGGCUAAAGAAAUACAAAAACAUACAUUUGCAAGCCUAAUAUUAAAGUUGCUGGACGUAGCAACUUGUAAAUAUAAAACGUGAAAAUAAUUUCCUGAAAAAUAUAUUUGUUUUAAGGACAUUACAAAAUGUCCAACAUUGCAAAAGCAUCUUUAAUUUCAUUAUAUUGCACAUAAAAUACCACAGAACCUUUGCAGCGUGACUCAGGGUUCAAACAAGUUUAAUCUUCCUUUGCAUCCGCCAUAAUCAACUGCAGCCUGGCAAAAAAAAAAAAAAAAAUUACAUAAAGCCUGCAUGCUCCUGAACGUGAAGGCUCAUCAGCUUACAGGCAGGGAUUUCUAUAACUGGAUUAAUGCUAGAUUUAAAAUCUACAUUUAGGCUGAAGAAGUGAGAAUACUCAGACAGCCCGUCUGUGGCUCCGGUAUAAAAGGCUCGCUCACAGGCUUCUCGGCACAGCUAAAACACGGCAACACAUCUCUGAACUGCAAUCUUCCUGUGGAUUUCCUCUGCACCUCAGGUAAGGAAAUGAUGCCUUCAGGGACCAAUAAGAGGUUUAUAGAAACCUCCUAUCGGUUUCUAUAAAUUUGUCCUACAUUUAAGCCAUAUGCGGAGAUUUCAAAAGCGAAAGGCAACUAGGUUUCUUUCUUGGCUUGACUUAGAAUGGACUUCCAGCUCUUGGGGUUGGUGAUGCUUUUCCUGGCCUGUGUGGAGCAGAGCCUGGCCUCUUGUGUGGUGGACAGAUUCACAGUUAAACAAGACUUUGAUCCCCAAAGGUAUGCAGGUAAAUGGUACGCCCUGCAGAAGAAAGACCCUGAGGGUUUGUUCCUGCAGGACAACAUCUCUGCUGAGUACACUGUUGCGGACGACGGUGCCAUGGUGGCCUCCUCCAGAGGCAGAGUCACUCUCUUUGGGUUGGUUUUUCUUUUUUUUAAACUUACUAGACUGAAAUCUGUACAAUACACAGCUCCCAGCAUUUCAGCUGCAAUGUUCUUACUCUCUCCCAUCUUCAGGUUCUGGGUUGUCUGUGCAGACAUGGCUGCUCAGUACUCAGUACCUGACCCCAACACACCAGGCAAGAUGUUCAUGAACUACCAAGGGUUGGCCAGCUACCUGUCCAGCGGCGGUGACAACUACUGGAUCAUCGACACAGACUACGACAACUACGCCAUCACAUAUGCCUGCCGCACCCUUAAGGAGGACGGAAGCUGCGAGGACGGCUACGCGCUGGUCUUCUCCCGCAACCCUCGCGGCCUUCCCCCAGCCAUCCAGAGGGUCGUCCGGCAGAAGCAGGAGGAAAUCUGCAUGGCCGGACAGUUCCAGCCCGUGCUGCAGUCGGGGGCAUGUUAAACAGCUUCCAGGCUGACGGUGGACGACUGAUUGCACUUUGUCGAUCUGGACCGACUAAAAUGCCCAGGAUGAAGAUGCAACUCUUCACAGGGGAACCGUGCAAUACUACACUCUCAUCUUAGUUGUCUGAUGAAUCCCGCACUCCAUAAAACGCUACAACACACUUCCAAGAUAGUUCAAAGCAAAAUCCAAUAAAUAGCAUGAUUUUCUCAAAGAAUGUUAUUGUAACUUGCUGACGGGUAACAUCUGAUGUGAAUUGUUCUGUGCUGCUGACAAUAAAUUUUAUUU